AUUUAAUUAAAAACAAAACGAAAGAACUUAAAUAAAUUAAGGAAUUAAAAAAAAAUAUAAGAGAAAAUUUGAUAAAAUUGCCAUGUGCGUUUAUAAAAACGUGCUUCUUCUCACACCUUCAUUCACACAUCCAUCGCUUCUAAAACCCCCAUUCUUGAAUCUUUAGGUCAUCGGAAAUUUCGCCGGAGAGAUUUUUUUUUGUUCUGAUCGAUUAAGCAGAGAUGUUUCCUUCUACAUCCGAUUUCGCUUUCUCACCGUCGUCGCUGUUCUCAGCGUACGCAUCCCUAACCGGAUUCGUGAUGCUCUUCAAGUCGAUGCUCCACGAUUUCGUACCACACCGGCUCCGAUUGCACUUCUACGGCUUAUUCGACCGGUUUUUCACCCCGAAAUCGAAGAAUCUCACGGUGAUUAUCGACGAGAACUUCGGAUUGAACAGGAAUCAAGUCUUCGACGCGGCGGAGAUGUACCUCCGGAACAAAAUCGGCCCGGAGACGGAGCGAUUACGCGUCGGGAAAACCCCGAAGCAGAAGCAUUUUACAAUCUCGAUCGAGAAAGGAGAAGAGAUCCUCGAUUCGUUCGAGAACUCCGAGGUGAAAUGGGGCUACUUUCAGUCGGAGAACGAGAAAGGGGAUCAAGUGAAACGGUACUACGAGCUCACAUUCGAGAAGAAGCUGAGAGACAAAAUCAUGGGCUCUUACUUGAGCCACGUCGUUGCGGAAUCGGAAGAGAUCAAGAGGAAUCUGAGAGUGGUGAAGCUCUAUAGCCGAGAUGUGUACCCGAGCGACGACGACGAUGGGUGUGCCGGUGGGAAUUGGGGAUGCAUCAGUCUUGAACAUCCUUCGACGUUCGAUACAUUGGCGAUGGAUCCAGGAGCGAAGAAGAAGAUAAUCGAUGACUUGGAGAGGUUUCUCAAGAGAAGAGAGUUUUACAAGAGAGUUGGUAAAGCCUGGAAACGAGGCUACUUGCUGUAUGGACCUCCAGGAACUGGUAAAUCGAGCUUGAUCGCUGCCAUGGCUAAUUACCUCAAGUUCGAUGUGUUUGAUCUUGAGCUUAGCAGUAUCUAUAGCAAUGGUGACCUGAAGAGGGUUUUGUUAUCCACAACGAAUCGUUCGAUUUUGGUGAUUGAGGAUAUCGAUUGCAAUGCUGAGGUGAGAGACAGGGAAGCUGAGAAUCAAGAAAGCAAAAAAACUGACACAAAGGUGACUUUGUCAGGGAUUCUGAACUUCAUUGAUGGGUUAUGGUCGAGUUUUGGGGAUGAGAGAAUCAUCGUGUUCACGACCAACCACAAGGACCGACUCGAUCCUGCGUUGCUGCGUCCUGGAAGAAUGGAUAUGCAUAUCCUUAUGUCCUAUUGUACAGGUUUAGGAUUUAGGACAUUGGUCUCUAACUAUCUUGGUUUAGAUGGCCUGAACCAUCCUCUUUGUGAGGAAAUCGAGAGGCUGAUUGAUUCUACGGAGGUUACUCCUGCUGAGUUAGCGGAAGAGUUGAUGCAGGACGAUGACACUGAUGUUGUUCUUCGUGGAGUAGUUAGCUUUGUUGAGAAGAGGAAGCUUGAGAGAAGCAAACCCAAGGAGGAGAUUAGUAAAGAUGUUGUGAUUAAGGCAGAUAAUGAUGACGAAAAACAGAGUGGUAGUAAGAAGAAGAAGAAAGCUGGUAAACGGAACGGGAAAGGGAAGAGCAAAACUUACUAAGUAAAUUGUAAUAAUAAGAUAGAUUGUGAUUAAGGUUGAGAGAAGCAAACCCAAGGAGGAGAUUAGUAAAGAAGUUGUGAUUAAGGCAAGUGAUGAUGACGAAAAACAGAGUGGUAGUUAGAAGAAGAAGAAGAAAGCUGGUAAACGAAACGGGAAAGGGAAGAGCAAAACUUACUAAGUAAAUUGUAAUAAUAAGAGAGACUGUAAUAAAUUAUCAUUAAAUAUUGGGAAAAAGAUCAUUUAAAUGCUGAACUUUCAAAUUUCAGCAAUUCUAAACAUUAUCUUUUGUAUAAUUUAUUUAAAUAACAAUCUUUUUAUUGAUUGAUGUUAAAAUCAUAAAUUUAUGUUGAUUUGGCC